UUGACAGUGGAUAGAUUGCUCCAAAAAAAGAGAAUAAUUUCAUCCCUACACUGUUUGUUCUUCUGAAAGGUUCAAUCAUCGAUUCAAUUACCACUGGACUUUUUUAUAUACUAAAAAUAUUAAGUCAUUUAGGAGAUUGAUUACAAAUCAGAAAAUUUAACUUAUUACCUAACUUCAAGAAUCUUUAAAGAAUAAGAAAAAUCACAAUAAUAAUAAAAAAAAAUGUCGAAAAUAGCAAAGAAACUGCUUGAAAGCUUGAAAAGCAAAGAGUUCAGGAACUAUCUCAUGAGUACACAUUUUUGGGGUCCAGUUGCAAAUUGGGGCAUUCCAAUUGCUUGUCUCGCUGACAUUCGUAAAGAUCCAAAAAUUAUUUCAGGAACAAUGACCACAGCACUUAUCCUUUACUCUUGUGUUUUUAUGCGCUUCGCAUGGAAGGUUCAGCCACAAAAUCUACUUUUAUUCGCCUGCCAUUUUACUAAUGCGUCCGCACAAACGGUUCAAGGUGGAAGAUUCAUUGGAUAUCAUUAUCUAGGUGGCAAGGAACAUGCUCAAAAGUCUGAUGAAGCAAAAAAAGCUAUGAACGAAUCAAUCGCAGCAUCUAGCACAAAUUAAGGAAAAAGACCUUUUCCAAACAGUUUGCGGUUGUUCAAUAAUUCAAAACAUAUUGUUUAUUUCUUGAUUGUUUUUUUUUCCACA